UGGAGGAGGAAGUGAGAAACUUACCUGGGCAACUAUCGACAAAGGAGUGGAAGAAGGGAGUUUGGAUCAGGUGGAGCAGCACUAGAUGCGGCUGCAGAGGCGCAAGAGAAAGGAAAGGGACGCCACCGCAUCGGGAACUCCAGGGGUAAAAAGGAUCGUCACGGACGUGCUGGCUGCGUUGGGGUAUGAUAAUGAAGUGAAAGUGCAGAAGAAAGGGGUAACCUUGGCCCAGGGCCGGGCAUCAGGGGCAGUGGAUGAGGAGGCAGGACGUGAGGACUACGGCGGAGAAGAAACGGGCUCCCAGAUCUUGACCAAAACCCAGAGGAAGCAGCGUAAUUUGCUAAUGGGGGGUCAAGGAUCAGUGAAGGGGCAAGCCCCGCAAGCAGUUGCCGCGCCACCACAUGCCACCACGCCGGCGCCAGCGCCAGCCAGGCCAUCGUGUAUGGCGCCGCCGCCAGCUAGUGGGCACUGGAUGCCGCAUUGUCAGCUCGCGCCCUGGCCCAGUUGUAACCACCGUACCUCGUGCGGAGGGAGUCAGACCCACGUGGGACAGAUGGUCCCCUAUUCGGGCCCGUCGGCAAGUAUGGUCCCCCCAAGCUACCCUACGACCCAAGGUCAGUUUGUGGCCCAACCGCCGCCCUCCCAACAGGCCUCGCAGGCUAGUGUGGCUGGCGGAGGAAACCAGGGGCAAGGCGGGCGAGGCAAUGGAGGCCGAGGCCAAGGGGGUCAGGGAGGCGGUAGUCGGGGACGAGGGAGAAAUGGUGGGGGUCGCGGAGGUGGUUGGAAUGGCCAGGGGGGUCAGAACCAAGGUGGCCAAGGUGGCCAGGAGGGGGGCCAAGGAUUUGGGAGGCCCCGCUUUGACUGGCGGAGCGCCACCUGUUGGCAUUGUGGCGCCGUAGGACACACCAUACGAUUCUGCCAACAACGGCGGGAUGAUGAGCUGGCAGGGUUAAUCUCCUCUUGUAUGGAUGGAAAUACAUACGAUAAGUGGGGGAAGCAUAUUGACCCCAAGAUCCCGGGAGGGAUCAGGCAAGAGGCCCUCAGGCGAGCGACGGCAGGGCCACCAGUGACCCCGGCCAUGUUCAGGAUGUGGCAGAAGAGAGAAGAUCCGGUCAUAAGAGUCGAGGAGAUUGUGGGGGAUAGCGAGGAGGUUACUCAGCGACUAAGGGCAGGGACUAUAAGGGAGGAGCCGAUAGUCGUGGAUUUGGUGAUAAAGAACCAGAAGUGCACCGGGAUGGUGGACACGGGGGCGGAGAUGAACAUCAUCAGGGAGAAGGAAGCGGUGAUGUUGGGGAUGGAGAUCGACCGCUCGGACCAUGGCAUGUUGCACGGCGCCAAUCGCAAGGAUGCCUUUUGUGGCACUGCGUCCAACGUGAUCAUAGAAAUUGGGAAGUUUUCUGUGCUCGUUACUGAGGACGAGGAAGUUUAUUAUGAGUUGGAACGGGGGUUGAUACGGCGCAUGCGGGAGCAAGUAGCAAAUGGUCCGUGCCGUAUCAACGGUGAGAAUGAAGAGAAGUUGAUAAUUGGGGAGCCCGACUUGCUUUUGCCCCAAGAGAGAGCCCUGAUGGUGGGGUUGAUGAAGAAAAGGCACGCAUAUGCUUUCAAUGAUGACGAGCGUGGGAGGCUGGAUGUGGACAAGAUUCCGAUGAUUCGGAUCCACACGGUCCCACACGGGCCUUGGAAUCUAAGGGGCGCGCGGUAUCCCAACCCGGACGAAGAGAAGAUGGUGGUGGACUACCUGGACGGCAAGAUGCGCACGCACGUUGCCGACUUCUCCAGCGGGCCGUAUGCCUCGCCCUGGUUCUGCUUUAUCAAGCGAACGGAACAUUACGAUCAGGAAGAGACUGUGGAGAAGAUGAAGGCCGAGUUUAAAGAGGAAGGUCUGGUGUUGGGGGCGCCGAAGAUGACUGAGAAGAAGCCGUUCAUCAUUGAAACAGACGCUGGACCUACUGCCCUGGGAGGAGUCUUGGUUCAGGUAGAUGCCGAGGGAAAGGAGAGACCGCUAAGGUUCGAGAGUCGAACUCUUAAUACGACUGAGAGGAACUACUCUCAGUUUAAGAAGGAGACGUUGGCGGUGCUCCACUGCCUGAGGAUCUUUCGGAACUACGUCUUUGGCAGGAGGUUCAUACUAAGGGUGGAUCCUACUGCGCUUGCCAGUUCCCUAAAGAACUAUACCCCAUCUGACCCAACCAUCGCAAGGUGGUUGACGUACAUUUGGAUGUUCACCUUCGAGCUGGAAAGGAUUCCAGGGGACAAAAACAGGGCGGAUGGGUUGAGCCGCAUCAACUGGGAUGGGGCGGAUCAGGAGUCAAUAGAGGAUACCCCACCAGUUGAUGGGUUCUUGGACCAAGAGGAGGACGUCUGCCUUCAUAUAAAUGAAAGGUCCUUGCGGGUGCCCAGUUGUGUUAGUCACCCUAUAUGGCUAGCGCCUAAGGGGUACGAACGAAGGGAGGAAUUGGUCCUCAAGCCCUUUCAAGAGGAGGAUCCGUGGGGGAGCAAGGAUGUUGGUUGGAUAAUGAAGUUGGCAUUGGCAGGUAUGCACAGUCUGGCGGAGGAAGUAAGGACAAUAGAGGAGGGCCCAACUCAGGUGGAGGAGCAUGAGCAACUAAUGGGAGGAAUGUAUUUGCUCACGAAUGCACUUCUGCAGGGAUACUUUGAUUGGAGGAGCUCUUUCAGUCCUAUGGAGAGUGAGGAUUUUGUUCCUGAAAGUCAGGAUGAUGAUUUCGAGGAAGGGGAGAUCAGAGAAGCCUUUCAUGCAGAAGAGUACGAUGAAAUCUAUCUGGAGUUGGGGCUACUCCUAUCCUGGGAGAUGAGGGAUAGAGACGCAAGUACCAAAGCGCAAAAGAUGAGGCACCUCUAUGUGGUGAGGGACGGCCACCUGUUUAUAAAGCGGCAGGUCGGGAAUCCUAAGAGGAUUGUAUGUGGGAGGAACCGGCAGAUUGAUAUCAUAGCAGCCCUACACGAUGGUAUAGUAGGGAGGCUCAGAGGGAUAGGUGCCACGUGCGCCAAGAUAAGCGAGCUGUACCAUUGGGAUGGGAUGCUGACUAUGGUUAUCAAGUAUUGCCAGUCUUGUGUACCUUGCCAGGAGAGGUCAGCGCAAAGGCCAGGGGAGCCCCUGCACCCAAGGUUGGAGAAGGAAGUAGGUGCGGUCAUACGCCUGGACCUGCUGUUCAUGCCAGCUGGGGAGAAUGAAUGUAAUUACAUCUUCGAUGCACGGGAUAACCUUACUGGAUUUGUGAACGGUCGGGCUAUUCAGACAAAGACUGACCCGGUUUUGACAAAUUGCAUCGAGGAGUAUUACUUGCGUUGUCCCUUUGCCAAGGAGUUCGUGAUGGACCGAGGGUCAGAGUUCACUUGCAAUGAGGUGCGAACCUUGCUUGCAGGGUAUGGCGUAGUGGCUAACUAUACUACGGCCGCUCAUCCUCAAGCGAACGCUCCGGUGGAGAGGGGGCACAGUACCAUCACGAACCUCUUGGCUAAAUGGACAGAGGGCAAGCCUAGUUAGUCUGACUUUUCGAAGACAACCAUGCAUAGGGGAGGGAGGGGCGCACGGCCACGACAGAGGUCUCUGGGAGCAUCAGGAGGGGAUGGGAGAGAAUCCACGCCUGUCUUUGACGAUGAUAACGUAGAGCUCUUUCUGGACGCCUACCAGGCCCAUGCGGCAGGGGAGAAGUGGUCUACCUUGGAGCGGAUACGGCACCUGAGGGGAGUUGGGCGUUUUGAGGAGUUUAUCGCGCAUAUCCGGGAGGAGGCUUUGACCUGGCAGGAUGUGGAGGUGAGGAUGCAGAGGCUGAGGGCUUCGCCGCUGGGGCCGGAUGGACUGCCUAUUCAAUUGGAGGAAGGCAAUGCGGAGGAGUUCAUUCCGGCCUAUGAGCAGUACAUGCGCGACCAGGGGACUGGGCAGGAGGAGUGGAUGCAAACGUUGCCUCUCUUGACGCGGAGGGCGGAGGACCAUUGGCGAGGCAGAUCCGAGACAGGGCGCGUGCCUGGUCGCGCAUUUGUCUACCCAGCUGGCGGAAGGGAUGGCAGAGAACCAAGUGUGGAGAUCCCGCAUGGAAGCCAAGGAGGCGGAAUGGGAGAAGAGGCUCCAGGACAUAGCAGCGAUCGUGGAGAGGCUCUCGGCCACCAAGGUGGUCGACUGGACAGAACAGAGCCGGUAUUUCUGGACCCAGCGGAGGUGGAGGCAAGGCGGAAGGCCAAAGAGGGGAGCUUCAGCUUCAGGGCCCCCACCGAGCUAGCCUCGUACCAGGCGACCCCUAUGGCGGUUGAGACCCCUACGAAGGAUCCAGCACAGAGAUCUCAGCCCCCACUGGCGGAAGGGGGCCCCGCAAAGGAGUCCCCUACGAUCCUUUUGGAGGUGCAGGGGGGCACCCUUACGGGGGCAGCAACGUCCACUGAGCCUGAGGCGAUGGAGGAGGAGGCAUCUCGUUUGGAUGAGCUAGUGGCGGCCAUGGAGUUGGACAUGUCGUCAGGUGGGCCUCAGAGACACGAGACCCCGGAGCGUGUGCCCGAGAUGGGGGAAUUGAGGACACAGUUAGGCUCUUGGGCUACUGGAGCUGACUCAGGAGAGCACAUCUCAGAGCAGCAGCAGGAGGCUAUGAGCGAGUCAGUGGCUACCGUGACUCCCCAGCCUUCAGACCCGCAUAGGGACGAGGGGACCACUGUGAUGGGAGGGGUCCACAAGGGUAGGCCACAGAGAUUGGGCACUCCGGCGUACCGGCCUGAGGGAGGCGAGAUGCGAGCGGGGCCGAGUACCCCGAUGUUGGAGGCGAGACCGGCGGAAUCAUGGACUUAUGUGGCCACCGACGUCAUGCACGGGAAGAAGGACGCCACUGCCCUUGCGACCGUGUGGCUGAAGAGGGUGAAGUCCACGGACGUGGACUUGAGCGACAUCACAGCGUUCGUGACGGACUCCGCCGGGGUGAACGUCGCAGCGAUGGAGGUUUUCCAGAAGGACGAGAGCGUCAAACACAUCUUCUGGAUUUCAUGCGUCGCUCAUGUGAUGGACCUCAUUCUCGAGGACAUCGGUGGGAUUGAUCGGGUAGCCACCUGCAUCGCGCAGGCGAGGUUGGUGACGAGGUUCUUCAAGCGCCAUGGCCACGCACGGAAGGUUUUGGAGUUCUUCUCGACGAUGACCCUUCUACUGCCGGCGGAGACUCGAUUCGGCACUAACGUCAUCAUGAUGACGAGGCUUGUGGACCUGCGGGGAAAGCUCAUGCAGCUUGUCGGCGACGACCGGUGGCGUGAGACUGUCUGGUCUACAAGCAAGAUCCGCAAGGACGCCGCAGAGGUCACUGCGUGUAUUGGGUCUCCUCCAUGGUGGGAGGAUUUGAGAGCUUUGUGCAAGAUGCUGGAGCCUAUCAUGGAUAUGUUGAAGCUAGUCGAUAGCGACACACGCCAGAUAAGCAAGAUUUUGCGUCGUUACGAGGUUAUGAUCGCAUCUUGCUUGUCUGCGUGCCGCGACCUCGAUCGGGAGCAGCAGGACGCUAUUUUGGAGGUGUUCGACAGGCGGCGCACCAUGUUCCAAACACCCGCCCACACAGCGGCCAGGUUGCUGGAUCUCGAGUUCCGAGACCCGACGCUGAACGACGACCAAGAGGUGCAGCAGGGAUUGAUCGAAGCCCUGGUCCAGUUCAGCUAUGCAGAGGGAUCGGUGCAGCACGAGGAGGUCCUUAAGGCGGUAUACAAGUUCCAUACAAAGGAGCCUCCUUUCGAUGAUGUCAACAUGCGGCGAUCGUUGGCAUACUACAGCCACCCUGCCAGUUUUUGGUUCAUGAAGAGUGCGAAAUACCCUCACACGGCCAUCUUUGCCGGUAGGAUCCUUCGCAUCUGGGCGACUACAUCACCAUGCGAGAGAGCAUGGUCUCGAUGGAGCUUCAUUCAUUCGAAGUCAUGCAACAGGUUGGAGGUUGCUCGGGCCGAGAAGCUCGUGCGGUGCCACUGGAACCUCAGACUCAUUGAUAGACCGUCGUUGUGUGACGAUGCUCCUGCUGACAGACCCGAUAUUUUCGGGAACUGGGUGCAUUACUGGCAGGCUGUGGAGGAGGAGGUGGCAGUGGACGAGCAGCUCGUCAGAGGUAGUGGUGCACUGGCGACGGUGACCGAGGAGGAGUUGGCUCAUGCCAGAGAGAGGAUGCGCAUCGUUUCCCGCAUGGGAGCCAUGCGUCGGGUGGCGGAGUCCGACAGGAGGCGACGCAAGGGCGGAGCAGGUGGACGUGGCGGGCGCGGGCGAGCAGGUGUCGGAGGAACGAGGUGUGGUGGCAGGACUGCUGCAUCCGGGACUCGUCAACAGCGGGCGGACGGUUUCAUCCGCAAGGCCCGCCAGAGUUGGGACGAGGGAGACUUCUUGUUCGACAGCUCAUCCAGCGACGACGAGGAUUUCUUUGCAUUGGGCACGCCCGCGCCUACGGACGAUAAGAGAGGCGACGACGACGACAGAGGUAAUGGCGGAGGUGGUGGCGGAGGAGGUGGCGGAGGAGGUGGCGGAGGAGGUGGUGGCGGCGGAGGAGGUGGCGGAGGAGGUGGCGGAGGCGAUGAUAGAGGUGGCGGAGGCGACGACAAAGGUGGGGGAGGAGGUGGCGGAGGAGGUGGCGGAGGAGGUGGCGGAGGAGGUGGCGGAGGAGGUGGCGGAGGCGAUGACAAAGGUGGCGGAGGCGACGAUAGAGGUGCCGGAGGAGGUGGCGGAGGCGAUGACAGAGGUGGCGGAGGCGACGACAGAGGUGCUGGAGGAGGUGGCGGAGGAAGUGGUGGAAGUGAUGACAGAGGUGGCGGAGGCGAGGACAGAGGUGCUGGAGGAGGUGGUGGAGGAGAUGGCGGAGGUGGUGGCGGAGGAGGUGGCGGAGGAGGUGGCGGAGGAGGUGGCGGAGGAGGUGGCGGAGGCGACGACGGAGGUGCCGGAGGAGGUGCCGGAGGAGGUGGCGGCGACGAGGGAGGUGACGACAGCGGUCACAGAGGAGGUGGCGGCGACGCAGGAGGUGACGACAGAGUUGAGGGGUGUGAGGGUGACUUUCCUGUGCGUGGUCGUGGGUUCUUCUUGAAGCGGUUAAGACACGGUCCCAGGCAGGAUAACAGCAUCGGCUCUCGUGUGCGCAGGCGGCGUCUUGAGACUCUUCACGAUGCGACCACCACGGACGCACGUGUUGCGCAGCACGAGCAGGUUCUCGUGUUUGAGGAAGGAUUCGACGAGUUCGCCGGCGACACGGUAUUGCAUCCCGCAGUCUCCGCCACUCCCGCCGUUUUUCACGUUGGGGCACCGCACGCGGUGGACCAGGGUUUGGCGCAGCAGGUGGCACGGAACCGCCGUGGCGGCCCUCGCGUCGCGGCGCAACGCAGUUUGGGAGAUUCAUUUGAGAGAUUGGAUGCAGAGUAUGCGGCGCAGGAGGGUCAUUGUGCACAGGAUUCCGCACGCGAUGGGUCAUCAUUCCCAGCAGUCCUUAAGGAAGACCCGCACCCAGGCCCGCCACGUUUGGUGCAGGAGACGGCUCCCGACGUUGUCGCUGCGGACGUGGACGAGGAAAUGCGCAGGGAUGGUACCGUGCGCGUCGCAGCGCAACGCAGUCUGGCACGGACAUUGACCACAGAUGGUAGUGUGCCUGCUCGCAGCACUGGGUCGCACUACGAGCAUAGAGGGUCAUCGGCCGCACAGCCUGUUGCUGAGGGGGCCAUCGCACGUAGUGUCGAAGGCGAGCAUAGGGGUCACGCGCCUCCGCACCCCCAUGGCGCAGACCCUGUCGUCCACGGUGUGGCGGCGAGCACCGCAUUGCCGACGGUGUCGUUCUACGACGCCGUGACCAGGGACCGGAGGGCGGGCGAUGAGGGACAUGCAUCAGCAUGCGGACUGACAGAUGUGCGUGCGGGGAUGCGAUCCAUAGGCCGCGUCGAUGGUGGUUGUCACGGCUCCAUGAGAGCAUACGAGGAGCGACAUGGGAGGCCUUUGCGGGCCAAGACACCGGAUGUCCACGACACGAGGACGGCGACCGCGAGGUUAUCCCGAGCGAGGAAGAAGGGGACAGGUGCAUCGAUUCCAUAUCAUCAUCGUCGUCCACCACCGACUUUUCACGCCAGAGCUCCGACCACACAGAUUCCGGCGACUGGCGGGGCAGUGGCGGAUGGGGGGACAGUCCAAUGCCGUUCAGGGCGAGUCGAGAAGAGACGAGGUGAUGUGGUGAUCUACCAUGAUGACAGCUCCACAGCCGCGGAGGCUGGCGAGACCACAGGCGCCGACGAUCCAGGUGACUCCGAUUACAUGCCCCGGCGCCUGGCGGCGGAUGGAGAUGAUGGUGGAGGUCGACGCGUCAGGCAGAGGACAGGACUCGGCCCGCACGGGCAGGGGACGCCAUCGGACCCUAUACAGGCUACACCGCCUAUUGAUCGAUAGGCGCAGGCUCAGUCUGUGAUAACCAAACUGUAUCAUUACCGGUCUGAGCCCUCGUAGCAGGAUGCAGGUCUGUGACCGCCUAUUGAUCGACAGGCACAAGCU